CUGGUUAAUGUUUGAGCCUGCAGCGCACCGCCGCACCUGUCACCGCAAGCUGCCGCUCAUUUAGCUUCUGGGUGUGUCCCUGCUGGUCACGCUGCAGCCUGGUCGGUUACAGAUUGUCCAGCUCACGUCGGAGAUGGGGUUCUGGCUGGCGUUCCCCGUUCUCUUAUUUCUAAUCACCUUCGCUGGACAAUGGACAGUGUAUGGAUUGGCUCUGGCAUAUCACCAUGUGUGCCCACUUCACAACUGGAAGUACACCAAUUCCUGCCGCUUAAAUGUGACCCAGUCAUGCUGCACAAUACAACAUAUCCCCUUCAUAAGCACUUGUGGAAUGAAUGCUCCGGAGAAUUCCUUGUUCACUGCAACUUUAAAUGCUGGGUCAGCUUUAUUCAUCCUUUUCUGCAUCUUCCAUCAUGCACACAUGAUUGACAAAAACAACGACCAUCUGGCGCUGAGCAGAGUGGGGCUGGCUGUGGGCUGCACCUCGGCACUGGGAGCGUUUAUUGCUGGGAACUGCAAUCCUUCCUCUCUGAUGAUCCUGCAUUACUUGGGGGCCUCGCUGAACUUCGUGUGUGCCUGCCUCUACACGGCCAUACAGACAGUGCUCACCUACCGCUGCUACGUGACGGGGCUCGAGCACCUUCUCGCUCCCAUCAGGACGGUACUAACCAUCAACCAAAUCUUAUCCACCAUCAUCUAUAUCCUUUUCUUUGUGCAGCCCAGUCCCUAUUAUUUACACCUGUCUGCCAUUUUUGAGUGGGUUUUAGGCACAAAUAUGGAGCUGUUUGCUCUCACCUUUGCUGUGGAGUUUUACUUUUUUACAGAUUCUACGCUAUGGGUGCUCACCAAGAAGCAUGACGAGGAAAAGGCUCUCAUCUUAUCUUGAAAAGGACACAAGAGCUGCAUGUCCAGCUUACACUGGCCUCCUCCUUCAGGUCCUGCUCAAUUGUGAAGGAUGCUGCUGCCACAUUAAAUUUAUUGGCGACGUCGCCCCGUUCUAUGCACAAAAAGCACCUUUAGCUGUUUUCACCUGUUAACUCACUCACAACAAAUAUCAGAUACCAGCUCUAAUGUCCAACUCAAGUUCACAAGAACUGAAAUAAGCAGACUGACCAUAACUAAAAACUGGAAUUGUCACUGUGGUGGAAUGAAUUACGGAUCUUCUUCCUGGUUUCUUUAUUAUUAGUAUGGUGGCACGUAUAGAAUUUUAACUCUACAGUAUGCGACUAAAUCUCAGGGCACAAACUGUAUUUUUGUUCAUGUACUACAGCUGUAAAACAUGGAGAGACUUUUCUGCUGCUAAAGUGAACGUUAAGCAUUUUACAGUCUUUAAAUUCAUUUUGAUGUAAUACGUGUUCAUUCUGAGUAAAUUGUACUUUACGUCAAAUUGUCAUCUAGAUUCUUUUGAGGUAUUCACAAACUUAAUCAUUAAAUUAAC